AUGGGUUGUUGUCCUGACAGGCAGGUAGCUGGGCUGGCGUGCCUCCCUCAGAAUGUGCUGGGGCCCAAGGAAGAACAUGUCGGCAGUGGGGCGGUCGAAGAACACACUAGCCAAUCCGAGCCUCUGAAUCCGUUCAACAAGGCGAUGGAACAACCUCUGAUGUCUGGUCACGUGCUUCGGAUUCUCCGGGUUGCGGCUCGCUACAUUCUCCUUGCGGCGGGGAUGGCGGAACUGUAUUUGCAUCAAAUUCAAAAAGACUCGUCUCAGAAGCUCGUGCGAUCAACACAAGCAGGAGAUGGUCCAGGUCGAUCUGCGUCGCCCUUUUGGAACCCUCCGAAACGCGGUGAUGCGUCCAAGAAACCCACUCGCGACCCCAACAUGGUGGUCGGCGCGGCAUAUUCCCACGCCGAUAUGCUGAAGUUUGACUCGUUCUCGUCGUCGAGGCCGAAGACACCACCCUCGUCACAAUCGGCCAAGGCCCGGACAAGCGAUGUGUCUUCCUCUUCGCGACCGACUCCAGGGCUAUCGUCGCCACCAUUUAGGACCUAUAUGAACUUUCUCUCGAACACGAAUGAUGACUGGAAAGCGGAUGAAGAAGAUGAGAUGAUGGACCCCGCGAAUGCCCUUCAUCUGAUCAACCACCCUCCAACUGCAGCCAAUGCGACUCCAAAGGAAAUCGAUGCUGCCAACUCGCGGAUCACCCGUAUCAACAAGUUCAAAAAGAUUCUUCAGGCGUCAACGAUACCCAUCGCAGAGCUUCGUCAGCUAGCUUGGUCGGGUGUUCCUGAGGAGGUUCGAGCCAUGACAUGGCAGCUCUUGCUCAGCUACCUCCCCGCAAAUAGCGAGAGGCGGGUGGCAACUCUGGAGAGGAAGCGAAAAGAGUACUUGGACGGCGUGCGACAGGCUUUCGAGCGCGGUGGUGCCAACCCUUCUACGGCGGGUAAGGCGAGAGGACUUGAUGAGGCGAUCUGGCAUCAGAUCAGCAUCGACGUACCUAGGACGAAUCCGCAUAUUGAACUUUACAGCUACGAGGCGACACAGCGGUCGUUGGAAAGGAUAUUGUAUUUGUGGGCCGUGCGACAUCCCGCAAGCGGCUAUGUGCAGGGCAUCAACGACUUGGUCUCGCCAUUCUGGCAGGUAUUCCUGGGCAUCUACAUCGGGGAUCCCAACGUUGAGAGCGGCAUGGAUCCAGGUCAACUACCAAAACCCGUGCUGGACGCGGUCGAAGCCGACUCGUUCUGGUGUCUCACAAAGCUCCUGGACGGUAUCCAGGACCACUACAUUGUGGCACAGCCUGGCAUCCAAAGGCAAGUUGCGGCCUUGCGAGAUUUGACUGCUCGUAUCGACGGGAGCCUCGUGAAGCAUCUCGAAAAGGAGAAUGUCGAGUUCAUCCAGUUUAGUUUUCGCUGGAUGAACUGUCUUCUGAUGCGAGAAAUCAGUGUCAAGAACACUAUUCGAAUGUGGGACACAUAUCUGGCUGAGGAACAGGGCUUCUCUGAGUUCCACCUCUAUGUUUGUGCGGCAUUCUUGGUCAAGUGGUCGGACAAGUUGGUCAAGAUGGACUUCCAGGAGAUUAUGAUGUUCCUCCAGAGCCUGCCCACCAAGUCGUGGACGGAGAAGGACAUUGAACUGCUUCUGAGUGAGGCAUUCAUAUGGCAGAGCCUUUUCAAGGGCUCCUCAGCCCACUUGCGAGGUCAGACGAGUCGAGCUCCUUCGACAAGUUUACAAUUAUAAUACAGUAUUGAGACGGUGAUCCGCCUCGGUCGAUG